AAGGGACUAGUACUGUAGCUUCAAACCUGUAUAAAGCACAAAUUACAAAUGUUCCAUUUUAUUAAUAUAUGUUUCAUUCCAAGCAGGUUGAAGAUGUGGCUUUUUAUUAUUGCAGCAUGUUUAUCUCAAGGAGCAUUCAGUUCAGAAAAGUUCACAUCUGCAGAACCUCCUGAGGGGUAUACAGUGGAUCGCGAGUGCUUUUUAAAUGUUAGUGAAAUUAUCAGUUAUCAUGGUUAUCCAAGUGAGGAACAUCACAUUGAGACAGAAGACAAAUAUAUCCUUACAGUUAAUAGAAUACCUCAUGGAAAAUACAAUUGUUGGGACAAAGGUCCCAGGCCAAUUGUGUUUUUGCAACAUGCUAUCCUUGGAGAUGCUACCCACUGGCUUUCAAACUUGCCCAACAAUAGCUUUGGUUUCAUAUUAGCUGAUGCUGGCUAUGAUGUUUGGUUGGGAAACAGCAGAGGGAACACCUGGUCUUCACGUCACAAGACACUUAAACCUACGGAGCUGAAAUUCUGGGAGUUUAGUUCUCAUGAAAUGGGAUACUAUGACAUUCCAGCAGUCAUAUACUACAUACUGAAUGAAACGGGGCAUGAACAGCUUUAUUAUGUGGGCCAUUCAGAAGGUUCUGCAACUGGUUUCAUAGCAUUCUCUACUUGGCCAAAGCUGGCUGAAAAAGUCAAAUUAUUCUUUGCCUUGGGGCCUGUAAGCACAAUUUCAUCUGCAAAAACACCUAUUGCAAAACUGGGAAAUCUUCCUAAACUAAUGAUUCAAGUUUUGUUUGGCACAAAACAAGUUCUUCACUCUCCACCUUAUCUGAGAAAACUAUUUGUUAAAAUAUGUAAUCAUCUGCCUGGAUUCUGUGCCAGAACAAUAUCUUAUAUAUGUGGGUCUAACAUCCCCAACUGGAACUUGAGCCGAAUGGAUAUGUAUGUCGCACAUUCUCCUGCUGGAACAUCUUUACAAAACCUCCUUCAUUGGCGCCAGAUGUUUUUUGAAAAACAAUUCAAGGCAUAUGACUAUGGCUCCCAGGAACAGAAUAUGCAGAAGUAUAAUCAGGCAACUCCUCCUGUAUACAAGAUAGAGGAUAUAAAAAUACCAAUUGAACUCUGGACUGCUGGAUGUGACUUGUUUAUUAAUUUGGAAGAUGUAGCUGUGUUACGCCAUCGAAUUAGUAAUCUUGUGGGUGAACAUCAUAUUCCUGAAUGGCAUCAUCUAGACUUCAUCUGGGGACUUGAUGCCACUGAGCGCAUGUACAUGAAGAUCAUUGAGACAAUGAAAAAAUAUGCAUAAACUAAGUCAGAGCUGUUUGUAAAUCUUGAUCAG